UGCUCAUAUGACUGGUGCUGUCCUCACAUUAAUGUACAUGAUUUAAACAUAUUUCAAAAGUACAAUUUAUUCAUUUUCAAUUCGCAUAUUUCAAAAAUAAGUCUUUGUUUACGACUGUUAUAAUUUAUUUCUAGAAAAAAAGACCUUUCUUUGAUACAUUUGUAGUUGGGUGAUCGUCCUGUAGGGAGCGCUGUAGAGUGAUGGCUGAGGGAGGCAUCAGGGCUGGUCCGCUGGUUAUCUCACUCACUCCUGCCUUGUAUGGCAAAACAGCCUUCGCAUUAGGUGAGUCACAGAACAGCAUGCAGUAAUCGCAGAGCAGACAGUCUGCAUGUGUCUUCAGUAAGCGGCAUUGGCACUGCACAGCUACUUCCGGAAUUUGAUCGUCGAGACUUCAUAGAAAAUCUUACAGCUAUUGUAAUUAAAUUAUCAAAUAAUUCACACCGGACACAAUACGGACCAGAGGAUCAACUGUUGGCAAGAAGCAGAAACGUGUCAAGAUGUUGACUGAUGAGGUUCCACAGGUGCAAGAGGUGAGAUACUGCCUGAAGACUCUGAGGGAGCAAAUGGCUGCCAGACAAAACAAUAACAACAAUAAUAAGACUCCACCGAAUGGCUUUAAAGUUGACGUGCUUGUUAGCAAAGCCAAUGGCUCAAAUGGUUUUGUGAACGGAUCUCACUCUAAAAGUCAGGGCCAGGAGGAUGAUGAAAACUGUAUAGCCUUGAGAGAAGUCACAAAACAUCUGUACACUCGUCUGCAAGAGAUGGAGAGGAGACACCAGGAGGAGAAAGAGAGACUACAGGCAGAAAACACUGAAUAUCAGCGGCGGUUUCUAGAGGAGCAUAACUCUCGCAUGCAGAAGGCAGAAACCAAGGCAGAGGAACAGAGCAAAAAGGUGGAAGAGAUGCAGAAGCUUAUGGGUGGUUUGGAGCUGGAAAAUGCCACACUUCGAGAAAAAUUGGCUGCUAGUGAGGCUGAACUCGAAAAACUGCGAGGACUGAAGAAAAUGGAUAGUGAGGACAAGUCUGAACAACUGAAAAAGGAGCUGGCAACUCUGAAGGAUAAAAACCAUAACUUGGAUGACAUGCUCAAAAGUCAACAAAGGAAAAUCAGAAACAUGAUCGAACAGGUGCAAAAUUCACGAACCAUAAUGGAGCAAAGAGACCGACUGAUCGGCGACCUCAAAGAGAGGGUGGCUUUCCUUGAAGCUGAGAGCAGAGAGAUGCAUGACCGGAUGGAGUAUUAUAUGGGCAGCCAAGUGCCUAAACCAUAUAACUCAGACAUGGGGUCCAAGGUUGUCUACAGCAAACCUCUGACGCCAACAAGCCCAGGAAACAAGUCACUGCCAUUCAUCAAAGUGGUCGAGAUCAAGUCUUAAACAACACAAGAAAAGAUGAAGAUUACUGAUGGAAGAGAGAGAGACUGUGAGUGAGAGACGUAUUGUGGAAAAAGCAACAAUUCCUUCUCUCCCAACGCUUAUGCAACAUUCAUCAGUUUAGCACAUAUGAAUAGCACUUAUUUUGUAUAUAAUACAAUACUUUGUAUAUAGGACUGUUCUAUCUCACCUUAAUUGAAAUAUCACAUGUAUAUUGGAUUUACAGAUCAUACACUACAUUUACAUGCCUUAAGCAACUUAAUAGUAGCAGAUAUUAUAAGUGCUGAUAUUAAUAUUUCCUAAUGAUAUGCUAUUAUGUCUGUCAUCAUGUAUACAAUUUGAUAAUGCAGCCAUUGUAUAAUUAUUGUGACUGACAGCCAAUUUGAGUAAUCUGAUUAAGCUAGAAUCUAUCAGUUUAUCCCAUAUAUAAUAAAAUGCAUCUGUGCUACUUAUGUAUCUGUGUAUGUACAUACUAUAUACUGAUAUACAGUUCUGAAUUUAACUACCUUGCAAAGCUGUCUUUUCCCAUCAGGAACUGUAAUUGUACUGUGUUUUGAAGAACUGUUUUUCUGUUACUGUAUUCAGUGCUAGACUCUACCUUUCCAUCCAUCUCUCAUGAAAUGUGAAAAAUUAUGUUACUGUAGAUGGAAUUGUAGUGCUAUGCACAUUUCUCUGGUAUUGUAUUAUAGCUGGUACAUGUAUUUAUCUUAAGGGCUAAUAAAUAAAAAGAAUUUAAGAUUGCUCA